CAGUGAUUUUCGUUUGUUCACUAACACACUAACACCCGUCAUCGUCAUCAUUGACGAGGUAUCCAUAACGUGUGAACAUGGCAUCCCAUCUCGCCAACAUUUUUGGUACAGAACAAGAUCGAGUCAACUGUUCUUUCUACUACAAGAUUGGGGCUUGCAGGCAUGGUGAUAGGUGCUCCAGGAAACAUAUUCGACCUCCUUUCUCCCAAACCAUCCUCCUUCCGAACGUGUAUCACAACCCCGCUCAUGACCCAGUAUGCAAGCUCACAGAGCAGGAGUUACAGGAGGGUUUCGACGCGGUUUACGAAGAUUUAUACUGCGAAUUGUCCAAGUUUGGACACUUGUUGGAGUUACAUGUUUGUGACAAUGUCGGAGAUCAUCUCAUCGGCAAUGUUUAUGCUAGAUACGAAUGGGAAACGGAAGCACAGGCUGCAGUUGACAAUUUGAAUGAUCGAUGGUAUGCAGGACGUCCGCUGUAUGCGGAGCUGUCUCCGGUCACGGAUUUUCGUGAAGCCUGCUGCCGCCAAAAUGAGAAUGGCGAGUGCAACAGAGGUGGAUUUUGUAAUUUCAUGCAUCUACGGUUGGCAUCUCCAGAGCUUGUACGGUCCUUACGUCACGGACAGAAACUAGAAAGGCGGUUGAAUCCUCCGAAGAACCAGGGAGGAGGCGGUGGGUGGGAGCCCGGCAGGAGAGAGAGUGGCCGUGGCCGUAGCGCCAGUCCUUCAAGGAGGGGUACCCACAGCGGAGAAGACAGAUGGACGAGGAAGUAAAAGCUUACUGAAUACUUAUUCCAAAUUGUGAAUGUCAUGUCGAACGCUCUUCCACUCCGGCUUCUUGGUAUGGACCCAAUUAAACAUGGUACAUAAUAACUACGAGUUGUGUGGAACAACCCCAGGCACCUGUCG